AUGACACAGUUUGAAGACUUGCCUGAAGGAUGCAUCGCCGCCAUACUCUCUCGCACUACUCCGGUUGACGCCGGCAGAUUCUCACUCGUUUCCAAUACUUUCCAUUCUGCUGCCGAUUCCGACGCCGUCUGGAAUCAAUUUCUCCCUUCUGAUUCUCAUGUCAUGGAUUCUAUCAUCUCUGAUUCUCCUUCACUUGCCAACGUUCCUUCCAAAAAGGCUCUCUACUUAGCUCUAUCCGACCGCCCUAUCAUCAUCGACAAUGGUCUCAAGAGCUUUCAGUUGGAUAGAAAGAGUGGAAAAAUAUGUUACAUGCUAGGGGCUAGAUCUAUAUCCAUUGCUUGGGUUCAUGAUGAGCGAUAUUGGAAGUGGACUACUAUGCCUAACUCCAGGUUCCGUGAAGUCGCUGAGCUUCUUGAUGUUUGUUGGCUUGAAUUUUGUGGUACUAUAAACACCAUUGCAUUGUCUCCAAAUACUGAGUAUGCAGCUUAUGUUGUGUUCAACAUGUUUAAUCCCCGUAGAUUUCAGAACAGUCCCGUAGAGUUAUCAGUUUUUGUCGAUGGUGGACAUAGUAGUACUAAAAUUGUCUGUUUCGAUCCUAAUGUGGAAGAAAGUUCUCACAACAGAGUAGAAGGAUUGCAAUGUCCUAAUGUGAGAAGUGAUGGGUGGUUAGAGAUUGAGAUGGGGGAGUUCUUCAAUUCAGGCAUAGAGAAUGAAGAAGUCCAGAUGAAGGUUUUAGAGAACGAUAGUUAUUGGAAGAGUGGUCUCAUUGUUGAGGGAAUAGAAGUUAGGCCUAAGUAA